CAUGACGCUCGUACCGCGUGACAGUGUAUGACCACAGGCUGACCCGAGGUUCUAUCACGAUGUCUAUGCUCGAGUCUAUAAAACGCACCGUGCAGGGGUUCGCGCGUCCCGACGGAUUCGCGGACGGGACGUAUAACUGGUUAUCGCUGUAUCUAUCGGUGACCAAGACUGUAUUUGACCCCGCAUCUCUGCUUGGAACUGUCGUAAACACGAUGAAACCGAAACUUGGCUUGGGCACGUUUGCGGUCGCUGCGUUUGUAGGCGCGAGCGUGCAGGCACAAUGCCCAGAUUAUACAACCUUUGCUGGGAGCCCGCAGGGUAACGCGUCUACUGGGCCGCUCGCAUUGCCCUUUAUGCGUCCGGCUCCGGCUUGUCGGACGUUCAACUCGUCUGCAGUCGAGAAAGUGAUCAGCGACAUGACAACAAGGAUCAAGGACCCAGAUUUGGCCCGUCUCUUCGAAAACGCGUUUCCAAAUACGCUCGAUACCACUGUCAAGUACUUUAACUCGACAGAGAACUUGGCGUUCAUCAUCACUGGGGAUAUCACGGCGCAAUGGCUUCGCGACACCGCCAACCAGUUCGCGGCCUACUACCCCCUCCUCGGACAGGACUCCGAACUCAAGACCCUCGUCAAGGCGGUGAUCAAUAACGAGGCGCGCUAUGUUUCGCAGUACCCGUAUUGCGGCGCAUUCCAGCCACCGCCCGAGAGUGGGCUUGCUCCGUCCGUCAACGACUGGGCGACUGGCGUCACCGUCAACCCGCCCGUUGACAAUCAGACGGUGUUUGAAUGCAAGUACGAGAUCGACUCCCUUUGUGGGUUCCUCAAGCUCUCGAGGUCGUACUACCAAAACACGAACGAUUCGUCGUUCAUGAACGACAAUUGGCACGCGGCGCUUGCACAGAUCUUCCAGGUCGUCGCGAACCAAUCCCAGGCAUCCUUCGACGCCGACUUCAACUGGAUCUCUUACUACAACUGGACGGGCGGCAACGGCGCGCUCUCGCCCGCCGUCCCGAACGGGGGAAACGGCGAGCCGAAAGGCUACUCCGGGCUCGUGGGCACGCACCACCGACCAAGCGACGACCUGAGCGUGUUCGCGUUCCUAACGCCGGCGAACGCGAUGUUGAGCGUCGAGAUGGGGCACGUGGCGGACGUAUUGCAGGCCGUGGGCGGGAACGCUGCGGCGGUCAAGGAGGCGCGAGCGGUGAGCGCGCGGGUGCGGGACGCGAUUUGGAAUACUACUGUUGUGAACAACAUUUUCGCAUACGAGACGAACGGCCUGGGGAGUCGGUAUGUGAUGGACGACGCUAACGUGCCCUCCUUGCUCUCGCUGCCGUACCUGGGCUUCCUCGAUAAGACGCACCCGGCUUAUGUCGCGACACGCAAAGUCGUACUUUCUCGGAACAACCCAUACUUUGCGGCAGGUGCCAACUUCAGUGGUGUCGGAGGACCGCACGUCGACCCCUGGCAUCCGUGGCCGAUGUCACAGAUAUCCGCGAUAUUCGGCACCGACGACGACGACGAGAUUACGGAGCGACUCUACCUCAUCGCGAAGAACACAGACGGACUGGGACUCAUCCAUGAGUCGCAGUCCAUCUACAAGGCGAACGACUGGACACGCCCCUGGUUCGCGUGGGCAAACAGCUACUUCGCGGAGAUGAUGCUCGACCUCGCGAAACGCAAGCCGGGCCUCAUCUUCAAGACCAGCGAACCCUACGUCCCCGGCGGAUAGACGACGUCAUUAUGGCCCUCUUCAGCGACCGAUAUUUACGUUUCGUGUGCAGAUUACCUCUCUCAAAUGCAAG